UUUCACAGAGAACCGUGGGCAAUCCGAUUUGCGAUCGUUUCACACUCACGAUUUCACCCAAUUACGGCUCUUUCACCUCAACGACAACAACAACCACACCGGCGCUCAGGGCCACGUGCAACGCUAUCACAACAGUACAUCUGGAACGCGCUCACGCCCAUGCCGCGGUCAUUGAAGCUCGACCCUAGGAUAUCAAGCUGCAACCAUGUCCUCGUAUCGCUACCCGGACACCAACAGGAAUGGACGAGACAGAUCACCGCCUUACCGAGACCGCAGACCUUCCAACUUCGGCGGCGGAUACCCCCCAAGAGCUAACGACAGCGUAAGACCUAACCCCGAAUCCAAUGGCUUCCCACCUCGAGAUGUGCCUCGAGGGCCUAAAUCACUCUCCGAUGCGCCACGCGGCCCUGCUACUGGAGGUUCAUUAGCUCCCCCCUCAACACCUCGCGAUGGACGAGGAAGGGGAUUUCCAGGCAGGGGUGAGCCCACUCCUUUGCGUGACGCCCCGCCGCUCAGCAGCGGGCCUGCACCUCCAAUGACCAAUACGCACAACUCCUGGAGGGCUGACCGUGACCGAGAUCGCGACCGAGAGUUUGAUCGCGACCGAAGAGAGAGGCGUCCAACUCCACCACCACGUCGUUCGCCAAUUCGGGACCUCCGAGACCCCCGCGACCAAAGAGAUUUCCCACCGCGUGAUCUAGAUGUUGGUCGCGCACGCCGCAACUCCCGAGAUGGACCACCUUCAGGAGGGUCUACAUUCCCAGAUCCCCCUAUCCUUGGCACUGGCUCGUCGUAUCGUGGCAGUGGGAUCGGGCGAGGCCGCGGUGGUAGGGACUUUGGAGGACGAGGCAGACCGUUCCAUAACGACGACCGAGACCGACAUCACGAUCCCCGAGAUCGCCCACCAGACCGCUCAUACAGGCCGCGCAGUCGAUCGCCUAUUCGGCGAGACCGAGACCUACGAGAUGAACGAGAUUUCGACAGGAGAGAUCGUGAAGAUCGCAGAUUUCCAAGAGAGUACGAUUCUUACAUAGGACCUGCUGGCGCUGCCAAACCUGGACCGAGGGCUCUAGACACCCACCGUGGUCCUGGACCGCCUGACUCGCGGCACAUGCCAGGAACGCCGACAGGACCAACCUCACAUUCUUCACAUCACGCUUCCCCGGCGGACCGGCUAGGACUCCAGGUGGACUCUUACUCUCGACGCUCCUCCAUUGCCAUUGACCCGUCAACUGCCAAGGACUCCCGUCGAGACCCCGGCAAAGACGACCUCCUGCUAGCCGGCCGCGCAGAGGCGUCCAGAGAAAGGUAUGCCCCACGUGCUUCAUCGCCGCCUGCUGCAGUCCCGGCCUUUGGAUCUAAUGUCUGGAGGAACCCCACGCUUGAUGUGAAGCCAAGCACAGUUGCAGUACCACCUCCCAAACCUGUUCAGACCAGCAACCCGGCACCCGCCACACCUGUACCUCCAGUUGCAGCACCUCCUCCGGCAACACUUUCUGCUUCUGCACCUGCUGCUGUAGCUCCUCCGGUGGUUACAGCUCCUCCCACGCCAGUCAUACCCAAAGCCAGCGCACCAUCUGGCCCUGUUGCUCCACCUACUGGUCCCAGAGCCGACAGGGUACCGGAUCGCAUCACAUCUGAGCGACCCUCUGUCGAUGUGCCCCAACAAGAGAGCCGACCAGGAUCAAAUGGACCUCCACGUAUGGACCCGCCCCCGAGCGUGCCACCUCCUGCUCCCUCGACGAUCGCUAAUGUGCCCGAGACAGAGCGAGCGGAGACCAAGGCACCUGUUUCGCGAGCAGUCAACGCACCACCAUAUCCAGCACGACAGGGACCUCCACCAUCCGCGCCUUCAGCUCCUGCGAAGUCACCUCCACAAGGUCCAGCGCCACGACCACGUCCACCCCCUACUGCGCUGCUGGCGGCUCUUAGGGCAAAUGUAUCGCCGUCAUUCUCAAGGGCUCCACUUCCCUCAUAUAUUCCAAGGGAUACCUCUUCCAGCGCAAUACCUCCUCCGCCGUUGGGGCCCCGCAGUGGUAGUGGCGAUGCUUCUAUCAACACAUCACCGAAGAGCUUACCAGCUAACAUUCCGACUGGACCCAAAGCUGAUAGAACACCGAUGGCACCGCGACCAGCCCUUCCCUAUGCGACAUCUGAGAGACCAGGCUUCAACACGCCGAGGGCGCCUAUGGGCGGCGGUCCGAAAAGCAUGCAAUGGGUCCGACCAGGCCUUAUUCCCAAUCGACCCACUGUUCCCACGAAGCGAGAGCUACCGGUUGAUGAUCGUGAGCGUUCAUUCGGAACAGCUCCGAAAGCUCCAAAGCUUGAGCUUGGCAGCACUACCUCCACUCUGUAUCCACAGCGUGCACAGCAGGCUCAAUUUGGCUCUCCUUCAUACUUCCGCUCGUCCGGUGCCAUGGACAGAGCAAGGGGCCGAGCUGCAUCGGCAGAACGAUCCAUAACCCCGUCUUUGAAACCCGGGUCAAUAGAAACAAGACGGCAUUCUGACGUAGUCAUGGCAGAUGCGUCCCCUCGCUCCGUACAGCCGCCAAUGUCAGCUGCAUCUUCUGCCCCGGACGCAUUGCAAGACUCUGAUGAAGAUCUCGACCUCGAUGAAGACGAUUUCGCCGAAUCGGAAGCGAAGUACAAUAGAGACAAGGCGGCACUCGAAGCCAAGCUUGUCGACCUUAGUGCACCUCAUCUGCGUGCGACCACCCCUCUGCAAGAGAUCAUCUUACUGUCAUGUCUGAAUGCUGAUCACUUACCGGUUCCUUACGAAGAAGUCGAGCAGGACGCCGUCAAGAGGGAGGACCUGCUACCUCAACAGGAAGUCGCGACCGUAUCGCCUGUCCAGACUCCUGUUGUGAGUAAGCCAGUAGAGCCUUUGACACCUAAGGCUGAAGACACUGAUGACAGUGCGACGGAAAAGAGAGCUGAACGCUCAAUUGCACCAGCAACAGUCGCCCUGCGUCUACGACGCGAAGUGUCCAAGGAACCGGAGGUGUUGCCCGACCUCAGUGGACUUCCGUACCUUGGCUCUGGUCCGCCUACGCCACUGUCUGACAUCGAACAGGAUCGACCUGGGUUGCCUGACACUAUCAAGUCUAAUAUGCUCAAACUAUAUCAGAAAACUGUCCAACCUGAGCUGGACGAAGAUGAAACUUUACAGCAGUAUGCCGCAAGAUACAAACAGUGGCGUCUGUCCAUCCGCCAGUGGGAUGAUGAGCGUGAGCAAGAUGAGCAGGAAAGACAGCCAUCGGCCGAGCCCAGCUUGAAAGCCACAACGCCUGAUGUCCAAAGCUCUACAAUGGGUGCGCUGCUCGAUGUUCCGGGUCCUACAGGACGACGCAGCCAUGCCAGCCGAUGGGCUACAGAACUAGAUUUGGAGGCUGUUAUCAAGGAAUCACUUAAAACCGCUGAAGAGGAGAGAAUGGGAAAGCAAGAUGGUGAACCUAAGAGAAGCAUGGCCGAUCCAGAGAAAGAAGCCGAUCUUCCUCUGGAGCUCAGUGAAGCUGAAGCACAACGACGCAACUUCAUUGACACUAACUUCCAGCGUGAACCAGGACAAGGCAUUUUCGCUUUCCAUUACGAACCGCCAGAGGACGACUUCACACCGGAUGAACAUCGAGUUAUGGUCGCGAAUUACAGAGAUCAAUAUGCUAAGAAAUGGGGCAAGCUGGCAGAGAUUUUGUACAAAGAAUGCGGCAGUGAGCGAACCUACAAAGACUGCAUCAAUCACUACUACGCUACGAAGUGGGCCAGAGAGUACAAAGGCAAGGUCCGAGGUAGACGUGGAGGUGCACGAAAACGGGGCGGAGGUGCCGCACGUGGCCGAGCAGCCAUUGUGAACAUGGAACGACCUGAAGUUGCAGGAGAAGAUGGACUCCCGCUCCCUGUCACAGAAACCGGGCGACCUCGACGCUCGGCGGCGCCCACGUUUGGUGGCAUGGAAGCUGAUUUUGAUCCGACCGCCGCCAUACCCACGCAAGGUCGAGUCCGCCGCCAGACUGAUGCAGAUGGCAACCCAGAAAAAGUCAGUAGGCGAAGCAAGGCCAAUAAAGAAAAGGGAAAGAAGGUUAAGAACCCGCCCCUUGCGGCAGCUCCAAUUGGAUCACCUGUCAAGCUUGACCGCAAAGACAAAGCACCAGGCGUCAAAGCAGAAGAUGAGUUUGGAAAACGACAAGUUGUGGAAAUACCUGCUCCGAUCCACGUGAGUCAGCACGAGGAUCCAUUGAGCGAUCCAGCGCUGUUGAGCCUCAGAGGUAGUCAUGUCGAACUUCCCUCACUAUCAGGGAGCAUACCUAUGGGGAUGAUGGAACGGCAGAAGACGCAGCCCAAUGCCAGGCCUGGCCCCUCAAGCUACUGGUCCGUAUCUGAACUGCAGGAUUUUGAGAAGAAUGUUGCACACUUCGGCACAGACUGGAUCGGAUUUGCCAACCACAUGGGUACGAAGACGCACAUCAUGAUCAAGAACCAAUACCUGCGCAUGGUUGAAGGCGGAAAAUCAGAGCUUGAACAAGCAGCAAAAGAUGCUGAUGCGAGAAGGGAGAGGGGCGAUGAUCUGGGCCCACCGCCGACGCCCACUCCUGCGCCGAAGAGACGUUACGAGAGCACGCAGAGUGUACUUCCCCGCAACCUUGCACCAGCCGAACUAAACCAAACCCCCCUCCUCAAUCCCACCAAUCUACCCAGAAACUCGCCUCCUCCAGCAUCUCAAACCGCAAGAUUUUUGCCUCAAGCUGUCAGUCAGAGUAAGCCACUUGUGCCUUCUACCUCUGGCUUCUCUCCUCUGCCAGAGACAGCGCUUGCAUCCGUACCUUCAAUGCCGCAACACCACUCGCCGCCUGCUCCCUCGUCCCGAAGUCAACCGCAACAUCACCUUCAGCACAGCAUGUCGCAGCACAAGCCGCACCAUCAACCACCUCGGGCUGGAUAUUUUUCUGAUGACUUACACUCACGUCUCGACAACCGUGUGCCGUCGCAAUCGCCAAUUCAUCACCCUUCACGGUCUAUGCAGCCGCACGGUGCACCACAGAUACGUAGUCAAGAGCAACAUCAACAGACUGGUUUCCGUGGCCUGAGCCAUCAGGAGCGAGAGAAUCAGAUCAGAUCUGAGCUUCAACAAGAACAGGAGCAUCGGUAUCAGCAGCACCAACACGCUCGGAGGAUUUCUCAAGAGAUGCAUCAUCAUCAAAGAGCAUUCCCUCCGGGUGGACCACCGCCACUAAUGCCCCCUGUUCGUUCAAACUCCAUUGCAAGGUCGCCAGAGCACCGACCAAUGUCCUACUCGCACUCUCGUCAGGUUUCUCAAGCUCAGGCUAUGACCCAGCCACCGUCCGAUUUGAUGUCUCAAGCGCAUGGUAUCUUUUCAGGGGCACAACAGCUGCCAUCGCGCUCCUCUGUCUCCACUCCCCCGGUCAAAGAGGAGCCAAGGUACGCUCCGCCUUCCGUAAUCCCUCAAGCUCAGCACACGCCGAUCCUGCAGUCCCAGCACCAGGCUCGUCCGUCGUUUGGUCAGCCUCCUGUACAAAGUGUGCCACCACCGACUGUUUCAAAGCCUGCCGCACCGCCGAGGAGGUCCAACUUGCUGUCGCUGCUCAACGACGCCGAACCUGAAGAGCCCGCAAGAAAGAAGCCCGCCGAGCAAGGACCUGCGUCACAUAGUACAACACCCUCGCAGCAAAACCCCAUCGCGCCUCCGCCGGCUGCCCCGCAGGCCUCUACAUCUAGAGGCGAUGUGUAUGGAGAUACGGCAACCACGCAGCCUCCGUACGGUCGCCCUUCCUACGCAACACAGUCCUCGAUACCUUCUUCUACGCCCAGUAGGUCUAUCGACCUGACUACCGAGCAAACUCCAGGAAACCGGCACGGUACACGUGAUGGCUGGCAGCAACGGCAACAAUUUCAUCCUGCUCAAAGCCAGGCACAGCAGCCUGUGUCGCUUCCUACUUCCCAUCCUGGCCUACCUCAACCUGCGUUCAAUGACUCAAGGCUGUUUGGCAAUCAUCGCUCGGUUUUCUCUCAGCACAAUGGACAGCGACACAACCCCUCGCCACCACCCAUGGCUGCGUAUAACAAUUCGCCUCACUUACACUCUCGCACACCGAGUGUAAGUGGAGCGCCGGGACAGCCGUCACGUCACGGCCUGCCGGGAACUGGACCAGCUCAGCAUGCGCAAGUAGCAUCGGCUGCGUCUAGUCAGAUCCUCCAGCCGAACCCGUAUGCACAAGUCGAUCCUCCCGGAGCCGGUGCUCCAACCUCGGGUCCAAUGGGAAUGCGACCGAGUCCACAUCUGCGCACCAGCCAUGUGGCUCAGCAGAGGGAAAUACCGAGCCGCAAUGAACACUCACAAGCUCAGAACACAGGCCUGACAUACUCGAACCCUCCUACGCCGAACGAGCACCCAGCUCAUCAGUCAAUGCGGGGUCCAGGUGGUAUGACGGACUCAUAUCGUGCGCGUGAUCCCCGAGACGUUCAUCACGAUCUCGAAUCCCGCAACUCGGAUCGUGAUACCAGCCGAGAGCUUUCCCAGAGAACAGAGUAUCUACGAGAGCAGCUAACCAACCCACAUUUACGUUCCACGCCCGUACACGAGGACAUGCGCUACCAACAUCAGCAACAAGAGCGUGGCUACCUCUCUCAGCGCUCGCACACCCCGCUUUCAAGGACCGACGGAGGGCAGCAACCUCCACCCUUACAACACCCACCGCAUUCGUCACUAGGUACAAACAACCACCCGCUCUACGGUCAACGACUCUCGGAAGAGCCAUCGCGAUUCUCUCAGCCCUUCCCUCGCGACCGAGGGAUUGCAGACCGCAUUCGUCAGGAGUCGGCCCAGCAACAACAAGCUGCUCUGAACCGAGAAGAGCAGAUGCGACGAGAAGGUCAGAUGCGCGAGCAAGAGAUGCGAGACCGUGAGCUUAGAGAGCGCGACGCACAUUUCCGCGCCGAUUUGAUGAGAGGCAAUGUGGGACCAUAUGGAAGAGGACCGAGUUCUGAACAGAGGCAGCCGCCCACAGGUCCCAGUGGGCAUAUGGACUGGACGAGUGGUGUCAGUCGACAGCCGCAGCGGGAUGGCUGGCAGCGAUAAGCGAUCGACCUGCUUCUAUUGAUCUAGUCAAAGCGUUUGGGUCAAAAUCAUUAUGAACAUCUGGAUGCUAUUUGGCAGGGUUUCAGAUGCUUGCGAUGGCGC